AUGCCACGCUCAUCCGCUGCGGGCAGGAAGAAUCAGAGCAAUCGUCACGAGAAUGGCCUCGUCGGUCCCGGCAAGAAAGUAACCAAGCAAAAGUCCAGCGGCCACCUCAACGGCUCGCCCGGCAACGGCAACGCUACCAGCUCGGGCGCCUCCGCACCUGUCGACCUCUCCUCGUCUCGUUCCACUAGUGAUUCCGCCGUCAACUCUUCGAUUGCUACGUGUAAGGGUGUGGGCGGGUCCAAGGUUGAUGGCAAUGGGCAUGGGCUGGUGAAUGGACAUCGGGGUGUGGACAUGGCCGGCGGCGAAGUCAACGGCGCCACGCCGCAAAACGGCGGCAUGGCGAGCUCGACUUCUCGCAAUGGCACUGCGAAACGAUCGGGCUCCAACGCUUCAAUCAAUCCGCUUCAACUCGCGUCCACAAUCCUCAAGUCGUGUCCCAUGUACGACACGAUCGCCAUUCUGAUUUUUCUGCUACAACUCCCACCGAUGGUUCUGACCUGCGUUCAAUUCCUGUUCGCGUCCUUGACCUUCAUGCCUCCGAGUGGUGGUGCUGCCGGUUCCCUGUCGUCCAACUUUGACAUCUUUCAGGGCCCCGCUGGUACGCCUUCUAUGGGCACUAUGAUCGCCAUGGACGGGUUCUGCCUUCUUUUCUGGGGUCUCUUUAUGUGGACGUGGGCUCAAAACUUUGCCAUUGAUCUCGCUCACGUUCAAGUCGCCAUUACUCUAGGCGGCGGAGGCUCCGGGAAAAAUGGUGGGGUCAACGCUCUGUGUGUCGGGAUUGUUCUGCUUCUUCACAUCGUCCGCAGCAAAGGCAUACAAGAAUUUGUGACGGGGCAUCUUGUUUCUGCCAAACUCAUUAGCCCUGAUCUUCUCUCACAGUACUCGAAUAUUCUACCCGCCGAACUCCGUCGAUCCGAGUCGCAAUCCUCGCCGAGCUGGUUACGGAGUUUGCUCGCCAUACACAUCCUAGCACAAGCCGGAACUGCGAUGGCGAGACGGUCAAUGGCCAAGAACCGAUCACCGGCACCUUCGCGGACCGGCAAGCGUGGUGAUACAGAAGCGUCGGCGGGCUCACAAGGCCAAGCCGAUUCUGCUCUGGAAUCUGCUGCUAGUCUUUCCUCGUCUUUCGUCGGACCGGAUGGUCAAUUGGUCAAGGAUGGUAAAGAUCGUCUUACUUCAGCCAAGAAACGCAGGAGACAAGCCAACCAAGUUCGAAGUCGACAACCGUUUUGGGCCGCCCUCGCCAGUACAAAGGUUACGGUUAUGCGAGAAUACGAACAUUCUCGGGUCUUAUCGAAAACGGCACGUGGAUUGACGGAGGAUGACUUGCAAGGCGUUUCUCUCGAUGAAGGAUUGGUAUGGAUAACGGAUGUGGAUGGUUCUACGAUCAAGUUUGCCGCCGGUGAUCUUGCCGAUUAUUCUGUGACACCAAGCUCGUGUGAUGCAGGCCGUUUAGAUUCGGAGGCUGAGCCGUUCUACGUUUGUGUCAACGGAGCAUUGUGGGCAACGGCGACGGUUUGCAGGGUUUCCGAUUCUCCCAAAGGUUCCAGUAUAGUUCACUGGAGGGGUGAGAUCUCCGGUCUCGCCCCCAAUUGUGCUUAUACCUGCUCUUUCGUCCGCAGCGAUACCGAUGAGGAAAUCUGUGCCAUGAGUGUCAAAACGCCCGCGACGACCGACAUGGAACAAGCAGCUGUUUCGUCGGUUCCGACACCCCCACAGCCAACUUAUCGGCCCUCGUCCCCUACGACUACGCUGAAGAAUUCCGUUGUCAAUGCCGAGGCCAAGCUCAACGAAAAGCGCUCUCGAUUGAAGAAGGCGAAGAACGAUCAUAAGCUUCUCAUCUCAAAAAUUCGGAGGGAACUGGACAACUAUAACCACCGACUCCAAAGUGGAACGGAUGAGAAUAGGCAAAAGCAGCGUUCGCUCCAGCUUGAGCGAAAUAUUCGGCAAACGGAGGAGGCAACGGCGGUAUUGGAGGUGCAAUUAGACAACAUGGAGAACGUGCCGGAAGAGGAGAUGGAGGAAUGGACUGCCCAAAAGGCUAAUUACGAUCGGGAAUUGGACCUCUUCAACCAGACCAAGGAAGAGGUUUCCGAAGCUCGCCUUGCCUCGGCCCAGCAAGUCGCAACCUUGGAGCAAGAGCUGAGCGUGGUGGUGCAGAAGCGCGAGCGUCUCCAGAGCCGCCGUGUUCGCGUCAAUGAACAGUACGAGCGCAUCAUAUCGGCCAAUGCCCAAGGAUUGAACGAAAGAGAGCGCCGUGCGGCUGAGCAAUUUGCCCGAGAGCAAGACCACGCCAAGAUGGAAGCGAACUUCCACGAGCAGUUUGCCAGCAUUAGCCAGUCUGUACAGGACUUCCAGCUACGCACCAGUCAACUCUGGCAGCAAGCUUCGGCAAUCGAACAGUCCAUCCAGCAGCAACAACAGCAGAUGCUCCUCGACUCUGGUCCUCUGACUCCCGAGGGCAACCUGCCCGGCACUAAUCCCAUCAUCGAAACUACAACGACCUCUGCCCUUACUGGAAGAGCGUUGUUGGGCCUUAGCUUCCCUCCUCUCAAGUCUAGUCCACUUCAGACUUCAUCAUCGCCCGUUCAUGCUUCGUCGUCGCAUCCAACCAGCCCUGUGCAGGAUUCCACCUUCAUGCCUCAAUUCCCGACGUCACCGUUUGGCAACGCCGGCUCUUAUUUUGGCACUGACCUCAACAGUCGGGAUCGUUCCUUCUCCAACCGCUCCACUCGCAGUAGUCAAUAUGGCUCGGAUUUCUUCGAGUCGCAUCGCCUCCCUGCACUUCAGGUCGAACUGUCCGAUAUUCUUUCCGAGAAGCAACAACGCUUCGGGUCAGAUGGAAACGGUUUUCUACAUCGUCCCGUUCUGAGCCCUUUCCAGCGUGCGGCAAGUCGUGUCAGUGGAGCCGGUAGUGGCAGCGGAGGCAGCGGCAGCGGAAGUGGCAGUCCGAGAUCGACUCGUGAGUAG